CCCUAUUACUGCGAAGAGAACUGCUGGAGGCUGCUACAUCGCAGAACGUCCUCAGUCUCGAGUCGUUUUUACGUCGUAUUCAUAUCCAAUGCGCAAAAGACUGUGCCUGUCUUUCGUCAACGCGCAAGUGAAGAUCCGCUGAAACCGUGCUACUGGGAUUAUCACGUAAUUUUGGUCGAGAUUUCUGCGGACAACAAUGACAGCGUACCCGCAAGAGUGUACGAUAUUGACAGUCGUUGCCGCUAUCCUUGUCCGUUGCCCGAAUACUUGCAGCAAUCAUUUCCAUUCGUGCUUCCACCGCAUUUUAAACCAUAUUUUCGGGUGGUGGAUGGGGCGCUCUAUCUGGAGCACUUUUCCAGCGAUCGGUCGCACAUGUUCAACGAAUCAACACAGACUUGGAAUGCUCCACCGCCAAGCUAUAGAUGCAUU